GACAGACGCAACAGUAACAGUGCCCUAACAGGCGCCAACAGCUGCUGUAUUUCUCAGGGAGUUCCUCAAUCGAAGAACCUUUAUUCAUAAAUUAAAAGUGAUGUGUAAAAGAUAGCUGGUACACUGCGCAUCAAUUAAUGGUAUCUCGGUUCGGUUCACGGAAAGCAGCCAUGACCAUCUACAAGCAGACGUGCACGAAUCUCCUGGAAUUGUCCUCGGCCAAGGUGACCGAGUGGAUAGCAGGCUUUGAUUCUGUUAUAACAGACUGCGAUGGCGUCCUUUGGAUUUAUGGCCAGGGCCUGGAAGGCUCUGCCGACGUGAUGAACCAGUUCAAGGCCAUGGGCAAGUCCAUCUACUUCUGCACCAACAACUCGACAAAGACCCGAUCAGAGCUCCUGAAAAAGGGUAUCGAAUUGGGUUUCAACAUCACCGAGAGCGGCAUCAUAUCCACCGCCCAUGCCACGGCCUCUUAUCUGAAGCGUCGCAACUUCAGAAAGCGUGUGUUUGUGAUAGGAAGCGAAGGCAUUACCAAGGAACUGGACGCCGUUGGUAUUUCCCAUACCAAAACCGGACCCGAGGUCAUGAUGGGAUCGCUGGCCGAAUUUAUGGCACAGCAUUUAAAGAUGGACACGGACAUUGGCGCCGUGGUCGUGGGCUUUGAUGAGCACUUUAGCUUUCCCAAAAUGAUGAAGGCCGCCUCGUACCUGAACGAUCCCGAGUGCCUGUUCGUGGCCACCAAUACGGAUGAGCGUUUCCCCAUGCCCAACAUGAUAGUGCCCGGCAGCGGUAGCUUCGUCCGGGCUAUCCAGACUUGUGCAGAGCGGGAUCCCUUUGUGAUUGGCAAGCCAAAUCCGGCCAUUUGUGAGUCGUUGAUCAAGGAGAAGAAGAUCAAUCCGGCCAGGACCUUAAUGAUUGGCGACCGGGCCAACACGGACAUCCUGCUGGGCUAUAAUUGCGGCUUUCAGACCCUUCUCGUUGGGUCUGGUAUCCAUCAGCUGAAGGAUGUGGAGCAGUGGAAGCUGAGUAAAAAUCAGGAGGAUAAAAAACUCAUACCUGACGUGUACCUGCCCAAGUUGGGGGACCUGUUGCCCGCUAUUGUUAAUAGUCUGACGGGCGAAAAAUAGGUGGAUUUAUUGUUCGUGUAAGAGGAGGCUGUACGUUAGUUAUGUUUAUGCUCAGCAAUGGACAGGAAACAGAUUCAGCCAUUUUUUUAAAUACCUAAGCAAAUUUAUAGUACAAUUUAUUCGGCAGAAUACACAAAACAUAUUUAAAUCUAAAUAAAUACACCAGCAUUUUGUAGCAGUUCGCCAA